AUGUACGAAACUACUGGAUGCGUAGACAACGUUACCUACAUUUCUUUUUCUUCUUCUGUAGUACUGAAUACGAUAGCCUCGGCUGAAGUGAGGGACGAACUGGCAUGUGCGGCGCACGCUGUGCUGUUUGAAUUGUUGUUACUCAUCUACUUAUGCUGUAUCGUGCCGUGUUGUCGCUUGUCCUCGUCUUCUUCAACUUCCAUGGAGUCCGGCGGCGGCUUUGGUAGCAUGCUCAAGCGCGUGGGUAGUCGCAGCACGAUCGCUAAGAACCUGACGUGUACAGUCCACCUGCUUGACGAUGAUAGCAGCAUCCAGGUAGAGUUCAAGGUAUGA